UGCGGUCCGCGCGAGCUACAGAACGAGCGAAGGGAAUCAAGAUGGCGGACCUCGAAGACGUUACGCUGGACGGGAGGCCGCUCCAUUCGCUCCGGGUGGCGGAUUUGAAGGCGGCGUUGGAAGAGAGAGGGCUUCCGAAAAGCGGACAGAAGAAUGCUCUCAUCAAGAGGCUCAAAGGGGCUCUCAUGUUGGAGAACCUUCAGAAAACCUCCACUCAUCACAUUGGACUGCAGCCUAAUUCCCGGAUUGGGGAGGAAAUGAGUCAGAACAGCUUCAUUAAACAGUACCUGGCCAAACAGCAAGAGCUUCUGAGGCAGCGUUUGGAGAGGGAAGCACGAGAGGCAGCUGAAACUGAUGGGACAGACCAUGAAGACCACACAGAAGCCAAUGACAGUAUUUGUGCUGCCCCUAACGAGGAUGUUGCUCCUUCCUUAGUUGACCAACACAAAGGAGGUACAGCAGUGGCUGGGGGAUUUGGAGUGACUGCGAGUGAGAGUGAUGAGCUCAGAGAAAAAGAAACGCCUGGGCAGCCGUCCCCCUCUGCACCUGCCCAGCCUGGUGCAAUAGCCUCUUUGUCAGUGCGGGUUGUUGGUGAAAGAGGACCAACAUCAAGCCAUGUACCUGCUGACAGUGAUGAUGACAGUGAAGGCGGGGAUGACAAUGAUGACGAAGAGGAGGAGUGGAACGCCAGUGCUCAAAGGAGCCGUCGAGCACAGCCUCCAAAAAGCCAGCCGGUGAGGGAAAGGUCUAGUGGUUCGCAGCAACAGCAGCAGCCACCCCCCCAACACAUACCUUUACUAUCACAGCAGCUCAGACAGCCCACUCCUCCCCCAUCCCCUCCUCCUGAACUCUCUUUUCCUCUCCCAGACACCCCUAAACAGAGCCCCCCUAGUCCCGGAGAGCCGCCAUCUAGGCAGCGUAUAUCUAGCUCUUCAAGCUCUGGUAGUUCCAGUAGUGACAGUCGUAGCAGUAGCCCUGAACCAGCAGGCGACUCCACAGAGCGCAGACCAGGCCCACUGACCUUACUGGCACGCAAGAUGGCAUCUGAGGGAGCUUUCUCUGGGGCAGGAAAGCGUGAUAGGGAGGGAAUGGAUGGACAGAGGAGCCACCAUGAGGGUGCUGUGUCUGCAAUUACCCACACAGCUAAUGCAGCUUCAGUUUUGUCAUACCCUAGUUCAGUGAUCUCCAACCAAGGCGUUAGUGUUGUUAGGACAGCGGUGGUAGAAGAGAGUGAUGGCAUGAAGCAGGAUGAGGGUAGCCAUCUUUUAUGGGAGCAAGAAAAGGAAAAGAGGGAGAGGCUGAAAGCCCUAGAAAAGGAGAGAGAGGACAAGAAGGCAUUGGAAGAAGAGCAAGCAAGAGUUUUGGAACGAGAAAGACAGGAGCGAGAAGAAUCUCUGAAACGGGAGAGGGCUUUACAGCAAGAAAGGGAAGAAAAGGAAAAGGCCUUACAGCGGGAGAGAGAAGAGAGGGAAAAGCUUGAAAGAGAACGACUCGAGAGAGAAAGAGAGAGGCAAGAAGCCUUACAGCGAGAGAGAUUGGAGAGAGAGAGGCUGGAAAAAGAAAGACAAGAACGAGAAAAAGCCUUAGAGAGGGAAAGACUUGAGAAAGAAAGACAAGAACGAGAGCAAGCUCUAGAGAGGGAGAGAUUAGAGCAAGAGAGGCUUGAGAAGGAAAGACUGGAAAGAGAACAAGCUUUAGAGAGGGAGAGAUUGGAGCGAGAGAGGCUUGAGAAGGAAAGGCUAGAAAGAGAACAAGCCUUAGAGAGGCAGAGAUUGGAGAGAGAACGGCUUGAGAAAGAAAGACAAGAACGAGAACAAGCUCUAGAGAGGGAAAGGUUGGAGAAAGAGCGACUAGAGAAGGAAAGACUAGAAAGAGAACAAGCUCUGGAGAGGGAAAGGUUGGAAAAGGAGCGCCUUGAGAAGGAAAGACAACAAGCUUUAGAGAAGGAGAGAUUGGAGAGAGAGCGGCUUGAGAAAGAAAGACAAGAACAAGCUUUAGAGAAGGAGAGACUGGAGAGAGAGCGGCUUGAGAAGGAAAGACAAGAACAAGCUUUAGAGAAGGAGAGAUUGGAGAGAGAGCGGCUUGAGAAGGAAAGACAAGAAAAAGAACAAGCUCUAGAGAAGGAGAGGCAGGAGAAAGAAAGGAUAGAAAGAGAGCAAGCCCUGGAGAGAGAGAGAUUGGAAAGAGAAGCUGCAUUGGAGAAAGAGAGACUAGAAAUUGAGAGGGCAAAAACACAGCAAAGGCUGGAGAAAGAGAGGGCUGAAAAAGAAAGAGAAGCCGCUCUGGAACGCAAGAGGCAAGAGCGAGAAAGGCUUGAAAAAGAGAAAGCUUUGGAAGAGGAACGGUUGCAGAAAGAACAAGCUCUUGAGCGUGAGAGAAAAGCACAGAGGAAAGCAGAGGAGGAACGAGAGCGAACUUUGGAAAAAGAGAAGGAAAAGCAGAGAUCCUUGGAGGAAAGGGAAAGACUAUUGGAGCAAAAAAGAGUGCAGGAGGAAAAAGAAAAGGCUUUAAAACUUGAAAAAGAGGAGGAACAUGAGAAAGAAAGAGAAAGCCGUCUUCCUCCGUGGAAGCGUGGUCGUGAUGUUGGUGGUCUCUCCUAUCCAGCGACCCAUCCUGCUUCUAUGGAGAGUCCAAUGGAGAAGCCAGACAAGAGUGAGACUGGAGAGCCUCAUAGCGCUGACAAAGAUGCUCGAUCUACAGAGUCUGUCCCACAACAGUCACCCACACUUGCAACACCACUAUCCCCUCAGUCUUCUUCAAAGAAAUCCCGCUUCCUAAGAGAUGCUCCUGUGAUGACUCCUCUCCCUUCUUCGCCGACUUCUGUGCUGAAAAGACCUCGUACUUUUUCAGACAGCCCCACGCCACAAGCCCCAUCAAUUCCUUUAGCAUCUAAGCCUGAGGACAAAAAUGCCUCUCAGGCUCCUCAAACAGUUCUUGCUUCAGCCCCCAACGAGCUUGAGAGCAAGACCUCCGAGGUGCUGGUCAAACGACAUGCACAACAAGAGGAAGAGAAGAUGAAGACGUCAGAUGAUAGUGAGGCAAGCAAAGACACUAAACAUAAGAUGCUCAGAAGAGGGCAGGAUGAGGAGAAACCUCCUUCAGAGGAAAAGAAAAGAGGAAGAGAAAGGGGAAAGAAAGAAAGAAAAUCAUCAUCCUCCAGUGACUCUUCCUCAUCUGACUCGGAUUCUGGGUCUUCAUCAUCCUCACACUCCUCCAGUUCAUCAUCAUCGGAGGAGGAGAAAAGUCGUUCUACUUCAGGUGGUAGGAAGUCUAAAGAGGUCCAGAAAGAGUCUUCAUCUCAGGCCACAAAAAAAGUUGUGGCUGAAAAGCCUACUACAGCACAACGCAAAAAACGAGUCUUCACAGAGCAAGAGGAAAAAGACAUGGGUAAUGAGGGUGUCAUUCAAACCAAGAAACCCUGUCUUGAACUACAAGAUGAGAAGGUAACAAGAGGAAGAAAGGACAAUACUGACGAUGACACUAACAAAGACACUACCAGUAGUGAGGUGAAGGAGGCUGUCAUGGCGGAGCCUGAGAAGGUUCCAGAGAGCAGUGAGGAGAGCACCACGCCAAAGACCUUCUCUGCCCGAAGGAUUUCUCUCGGCAGCAGCAAACAGUCUCCUGGGGUGGUAAGCUCGGAGGGGGAAGCAGAGGCCGCAAGCAGUGCUGGUGCUGGCAGGAAGAGGAGAUGGGGCUCUAGUACAGCUGUCACUGCCAAGAAACCCUCCAUCAGUAUCACCACAGACUCUUUGAAGUCUUUAAUACCAGACAUCAAGCCUGCCUUGGGUCAGGAGGCUGUGUUAGACCUGCACCCAGAGGAGAUGCAUCUCUCUGGGGAGGAGGAAGGAGGAGAGAGGGGCGACCAAGACCUGAAAAUUAGACGAACUGUAACACAGGUUGUGCCCUCUGACACACAAGAGAAUGGACAGAAAGAAUCUAAAAGAAUUGAACAUGAGGAUGAGGAAGAAAGAAAUGAAGGGCAAGAUAGACUUAGCCAGGAAGAAAAAACUGAAGGCUCGAUUCAGGUUUCCAUGGAGACAGAGCCGUCGUCCCCUGGGCAAGACGUUGAUAUGAAGACAGUUACUCCCAGUGACACACUGAUUCGCCGUUCCAUUAGCCAGCAGAAGUCUGGUGUGAGUAUUACCAUCGAUGACCCAGUCCGCACAGCCAAACAGCCCUCUCCUCCUCGUGGCAAACUGUCUAACAUUGUCCAUGUCUGCAACCUGGUAAGGCCGUUUACCUUGGGACAGUUGAAGGAGCUAUUGAACCGCACAGGGACUGUAGUGGAGGAAGGUUUCUGGAUUGACAAGAUUAAAUCUCACUGUUACGUCACAUACUCUAGUGCAGAAGAGGCCAUGGCCACUCGUACAGCACUACAUGGGGUUAAGUGGCCCCAGAGUAACCCUAAGUUCCUCAGUGUUGAUUUCUGCACGCAAGAGGAGUUGGACUUCCACAGGGGUUUGGGUCCAGCAGGAGAAAAGCCAACAGAGGAACCUCGUGGGGCGGCAGCCGCUGGACCUGGUCGUCCUGUACCCCCGCCUCUCCUUCCAGAGCGUGAUCAGUGGGCAGAACGAGAAAGGGAAAUGGAAAGGAGGGAGAGAACACGUGCAGAGAGGGAAUGGGACAGAGAUAAAGUGAGGGACUUCAGCAAACCUGGAGAGGAGCGGGAAGCUGGGGCCAGAAGAUCACGUUCACGAGAUCGUGAAAGACGGCGCAAGGAAAGAGGAAAGAGUAAAGAGAGGAAAACGGAUAAAAAGGAAAAAGGACCAGAGGAUCCACCUGCUAAACUGCUAGAUGACCUCUUCCGCAAAACCAAAGCGGCCCCAUGCAUAUACUGGCUCCCCCUCACUGAGGAGCAGGCUGCACAGAGGGCAGCAGCUCGUGCCGAACGCAUGAGGGAAAGAGAGAAGAGGAGGAAGGAGAUGGAAGAGGAGGAUAAGAAACGUGAGGAGGAGCGACGAGAGAGGAUGAAGACUGGUGGGGCCACCGGAGGAGAAGGUGAGAGGGACCGUGACAGAGAACGAGACAGAGGUCGAGAAAGGGAGCGAGAGGGGGAUAAACGGAAGGAGGGAUACCGCAGGCCUGGCGGAAACAGUGCUAGCGGGAGCAGGAGGUCACGAAGCCGCAGUGACCCUCCACCCAGAGAUCGACGACACUAAGGGAAGUCUGGAACUGUCCGGUUUGUGACCCCUGUUCCUGUAUGUGCUGUAACAGCUCUAUGCCUACCUUCCUGAGGACCAACUCAGACUUUAUAAAAACACACAUGCACACACACUCUGCGUAAAGACACACGGGUGCACACACACACACACACACACACACACACACACAUUGGGACCACGGUGGUGCUGUGUCUCCAUAUAGACUCUUCUCGUUGUCUAUUGACUGGGCUUUAAGACUCCUGGUGUUCAUUUCCCACCACAGUGUUAAUGGACUUCUGGUAUAAAUGGGUCGGACUGCAAGACAUCCUCCUGGUUUGGUGACGUUCUCUUUCUCCUUCAGUGUAGUUCCCACACAGAUCUGAAAGAAUGAAGCUGGGAUCAGAAAGAGAUGUUUUGAAAGCCUGUGUGUGAUUUAAGUCCUGAUCAUUACUUUACGUUUGCCUCUUAUUUUCCUCACAUUCCUUGUACCUUUUUUUUUUGUCCCGUAUUGUCUUGCCUUUUACCUCCCCUUUGCCGUUAGCAGGUUGCCAUGGAGAAUGGGAUGCAUAUUUAACCUUUUCACAUUUGGUUUUUAAUUUUUUUAUUGUUUUAGCAUAAGAGCUGACAUUUUUUCUUUUUAAUUUUUUGUUUACUCCUGUAAGUGCUGAAUGUACAAAUAAUAAAAAGGUUACAUCUAAGAACUGAACACAAAACGUUCUUUCUUGGUUCUU